CACUUGGAAAAUGUUGAUAUCUCGAUCACGUACGCGAAUAGUAUGAUGGAUCACGAUAAUUUGAAUCAGUACAGAAAAGAUGACCUCACUGAUGGGUUGAUUAGUCAGGGUUUUUUUCUUUACCUCUUACCAACACCAGACCACCACCAGCUGUGGCAGAGCAGAAAAUCAACAAUCUAUCCCAUCGAACAGUUAGUUGCGAUUUGCAGAAGAAAGUGAUAACAAGUUCCACUCGCUCGGUUAAUUUAUAAACUAUAGAGAAAUUAUGUGGAACUAAGCUAAAGACUAAACCAUGUCUGUCUACUCAACCAGUAGAUUGAAAGACUAAGCCAAGCAAGAGUACAUAUAUACAUAUAUAUUAGGCAAUCCUGGACGUGAUAAGUGGCAAAUUUUUAUUUGCAUCAAUCGCAACAAUAUCACCACACGGCAAGCGGAGUGGAGUGGCUAAAUUUUAUUAGGGCUAUUUUUAUAAAUAUUUGUUCUACGAAUUCGUACUUGUUACAUCUCUAGUCAAGAGAAGGGGUCGGGGAUCUCGCUUUUCAUUUCGCAUUUGUACUUCAGCCCGAGCGCACAUCAUCUUAGGAAGACGACGACCACUCGCUGGAUAUCAUGAACAACAACAUCAACGGAGUGGUCGACGGCGAAUCGGUUGUGGAGUUUUCAACCCUUGAUGCGAAAGUGCAGGAGCUUAUCAACGCGGCGAUUAAGGUUCGCAACAACGCUUACUGUCCGUACAGCAAUUUCGCGGUGGGGGCGGCCUUGAGGACCAAAACCGGUGAAAUCAUUACCGGGUGCAAUGUGGAGAAUGGCACCUUUGCCCCAAGUGUUUGCGCCGAACGGAACGCCAUCUGUAAGGCCAUCAGCGAAGGGUUCCGGGAGUUUGAAUCGCUCGCCGUGGUCGCCUACCAGGAAACGGAGUUCACGUCCCCGUGCGGAACCUGUCGCCAGACUCUGUCGGAGUUUUGCAACAAGAACAUGCCGGUUUACCUCGCGAAGCCAUCGCCAGCACGCGUUAUGUUGACGUCAAUCGACAAGUUGCUGCCCCAUGCAUUUCGGCCGAACUUUCUGCACAAGUAGGUAGAAGAGAAAGCGAGUACAUUUGAGAAUGAUAUGGGUUUGAGAAACUUAGGCGAUGCUACUUUAAUAUUCCCACUUGUUGAGAGGAGAGAGACAAACACAUACAAUGUACAUGUUUUACCCUAAACAAGAUAUAUACACCAGAUUUUGCGAUGGUAAGAUAAGAACGAAGAUGUUCACGUGGUCAAACCACAGAGAUUCCGAGUUGGAUCUGAUGAGGCUAGUAAAAGCAUAAAUCAAACCGUAGACUUAUUCAACAUGAUCAUACUAUUUGCACCAAAUAUAUAUAUUGCAUAAUAUAUUCCAUAGACAAA